CUCGUACUUCCCUACACAUCUCAUCAUAGAUUGUUAGGUUAACUCUAUAAUUUGUAUGACCACUUCAGUGGUUGGUUGUUUUCAUUUUGGGAUUUCGUCCUCGGGAAAAUGACGAAAGGUACUUCGAGUUUUGGUAAACGUCACAAUAAGACGCACACAUUGUGUCGUCGUUGUGGACGGUCUUCGUAUCACAUUCAAAAGUCCAAGUGCGCCCAGUGCGGUUACCCAUGCAAGAAACUGCGUCAUUACAAUUGGAGUGUGAAAGCUCAACGCAGAAAGACUACUGGAACUGGCCGUCUCAGACAUCUGAAGAUUGUUCGUAGGAAAUUCAGAAAUGGUUUCCGUGAAGGCACUCAGGCUAAGCCCAGAAAUAGGCAAAGUUAAUAAUGUUUUCUUUUAUCUUGAAUAACCAUUUAAAAAUAUACAAAUAUCUUUG